AUGGGAAGAAGUCCGAUGAACGCGGUUUUACUUGACGAAUCUGUGUUGUUCGGUACAGAGAGUGAAGAUUCUUCGCUUAGACUUCGAGAAUCAGUGCCGUCUCUUCUCCGGCUGCUUCGUUAUUCCAUGAUCCGAACGGGGAUAUCAUAUGAGCUUGAUCUUCCGGAAAAUAAGGUGGAUAUACUGAGGAAAACGGCAGCUGAAUACUCCAUCGAUUGCUUACCUUUAGAGACCUCUCUCACAAGUGUUACCUUUGGUGAUACUCUCAAAGCAUGGUAUAGUGAUGGCUGUAUUCUCUAUGUUGCUUCAAGCAGAAAAGAAGAGACACUUCGUGAACUAUCUCCUGACCAGCUAGUUGUCGUACUCGAUGAUGUAGAAGGGGAUUCAAGUGAGGAUCCUAACAUGCUUCAUAUCCGUAGUCUCGAAGAGCUGCCAAUGACUAUUUGCUGCAUUAACAAAAAGGCAAUGGGAGAUGGUGCUGCAAUAGUUGCUUACACCAUGAAGCCAUCUCGCGUAGAGGACUUUGCCAAGAGGGGUGCUUUACCAAUGUAUCCUACAUCCAAUGGGUUGAUAUUUCUACCUCUCGUGUUUGAGUUGCCUCUUUCAUCUCAACUCAAACACGCUGAUCUCAUUUUCCACAAAGCAACUGAUGAAAUCAAGUCCGUUCAACUCAACUGCUCCGACGACUCAGAAUCAUCUGUUGCAGUUACAUUCUCCACCGGCAUGGAGGAACUGCGCAAGUAUAUGGAACAUCAAACUGCUUGUGCCGUAAUCGACCCUCUUCAACAUAUAUAUCCUGUCCUGGACCGACUCAAGAUGCAACAUAUUCUUCUUGGAUUAGAUGAUCUUAAAGCAGCAGGACGAAAGAUAAGAGGCGCCUGCUUUCUCAAGAUUGACAGCUAUAGUGAACCGGACCUGGCACAAAACUUGUCAAGAGCUGGACUCUCUCUUCCAUGUAUUGUGAAACCUCAGGUUGCCUGUGGUGUUGCUGAUGCUCACAGCAUGGCCAUUGUCUUCCGAGUAGAGGAUUUUAAGGAUUUGAACACUCCUGUUCCUGCCAUUAUCCAAGAGUAUGUGGACCAUUCAUCCAGGAUUUUCAAGUUUUACGUCUUGGGAGAGAAGAUCUUCCACGCGGUCAAGAAAUCAAUCCCUAGUUCUUCAAUUCUGAGGAAAUCAGCUGAACAAAACGGUCUCCGACCAAUUCUCUUCGACAGCUUGAAAUCUUUACCAAUCGGUUCCGCAAACCAAAAUCCGGUAGACGAGAUUGAUCUUGAACUGGUUACAGAAGCAGCCAAGUGGCUCAGAAAGAAGCUUGAUCUCACAAUCUUCGGCUUUGACGUCGUUAUUCAAGAAGGAACAAGAGAUCACGUGAUCGUAGACUUGAACUACUUACCGUCGUUUAAAGAAGUCCCCGACAACAUCGCAGUGCCUUCCUUCUGGGAUGCAAUCAGAAACAGGUUCGACCAACAUGUCUAA